AUGGCCCAGAAGCUCUCGCUCGCGUUCCUCGUGCACGACUUCACCUCGCCCUCGAGCUGCCCGCAGAGCCCCGAGACGAACGCGACGAGCCUGCGCAGUCCGCGCGUGAGCCCGCUCAUGGCCAAGACGCGGUCGCCGCCCGCGCCGCGCUCGCGCCCGUGCAAGCACGCGGGCUGCACCAAGUUUGCCGUGACGCGCGGCCACUGCAUCGCCCACGGCGGUGGCAAGCGCUGCAGCGUGGCCGACUGCCCGAGCGGCGCCAAGACCAACGGCCUCUGCUGGAAGCACGGCGGCUCCAAGACGUGCUCGUUCCCCGACUGCUCCAACCGCUCCAAGACGUACGGCGUGCCGACUGCAUAUUUUUCGGCGCUUCGCCACGGCCUCUGUUGGGCGCACGGCGGCGGCAAGCGCUGCCGCGCCGACGGCUGCCAACGGCCAGCGUACGAGCGCAACGACAACCUCUGCGACGUCCACUGCUCCAAGAAGAAGCACCGGAGCGCGCCGUAUUAG